AUGAACUUUCCUGCCUCAACCUCCAACGACUUCGCCUUCAACCCCAUCCUCAGCUCCAACAACCAGUCGCAACAGCAGUCCCAGCAGCAACAGGUCCAAUUCUCUUCCCGCCAGCUCCAGCUGCAGCAACAGCAACAACAGCAUCAGACUCAACAGCAGCGGCAGCAGCAGCUCCAGCAGCAGCAACAACAACAGCUACAGCUACAACAUUCCCUCCCGCCGCCGCAACUUCCUUCGCCUGCGCCGUCCGCCAACGCGCAAUCCCUCUCGGCCGCCCAGCAAGCCCUUGCCCACGCGCAGUACCAGCAGUUCGUCCUCAUGAACGGAAUGAACGGCGGCAAUGUGCCCAACGGCAUGGGCGGCGUGCCCACCCCUGCCGGCCAGCAGGCCGAGCUCAACUACAUCUAUGGCAUGGUCGAGGAGCUGAGUAGGCAGCUUACGGAAAACCGUCGCGUCACCGAGGAUAUUGUCUCUGGUCUUGGAAGGGUGCGCAGUCGCGCGAGGACGCAGGGAAUGGGCAAUGACGACCUCAUCCACAACGCUGCAGACGACAUUCUUGCUCAAGAACAGAAUCUCGACACCCUCAUCUCCAUCCUCUCCGAGUCCCUUGAAAAGGCCAAAUACAGCCGCGACGCCAACGCGACACUCCUCAGCCAGUACGCGACAGUCUUCGCCGCAAUGCUGAAGCAAUUCCACGAGUACAAGGCAAAGCACGUCACCGAUGUCGCCGCAUGGCACCGCUCGUACCGAUCCCAGCUCGCCGAAGCCCGCGCCGAGAAUAGCAGACUCCGAGAACAGAUCUGGGAGAUGCAGGAACGCGCGGGUAAGGCGAACGAGGUGCUCCGCAACUUCCGCCGCAAGUACGACGAGGACGAGACGCGGUGGGAUCGGCGCGUGGAGGACGUGGCCGCGCGCCAGGAACUUCGGUUCUGGAAGCGCAUGGCCAUGCCCGAGGUCAGCGACGAGGACCCUUGCUGGAGCGACGACGACGACCUCAUUGACCCGGCGGAGAAGGAGCGGUUGAAGGAGCUGGAGAAGAGAGCCGCUCAAGAACAGCUUUCUGGGAGCCAGCAAAUGGGAGACGAGUACUCGCGUCCGCAGUCGCCGGAAUCCAGCAUGAUGGGUGGCGUCCCGAUGCAGAGAGAUCUAGGAAUCCCCAUGGGUAUGCCCGUUCCGCCACCAAGACCCUCGAGUGCGAAUUCGAGCACUGGCUCCUCUGGCCAGUGA